AUGGCCAAAGAGUUAUUGGAGGAGGAGGAGAAAGAAGUUUUUGAAGUAUUAACUUUGGUUGAAGAACCUAAAUAUGAAGCUGAUGGAACUUUAUCGAAAAAUCAAGGGCGUUCGAAUCUGAAACGCUCGAGAGCCUGUAAAGCUCCACCUCCGGCAUACACUCCACCCACUGUUGAUCCGUUAACACUUUGCGAAAACAAUGUAGCAACGAUGAUGCUUGCGGCUUUCCGCAUGUCAAGGGAGGAGGCCAUGAAAGAAGACCUGGACAAACAUCUAAAGAAAGUGGCCAACGACAUAAAAAUACAACAUCAACAAACUUCGAAGACUGUAAAAACAAAAGUCGUCACUAGUAGUACUCUCAUAAGCUCCAGCAAAGCUACAGCGGCAGCUGUGGCUGCAGGGCUUGUCACUAAUCCAAAUACCUGUAUAAGACGCACACCUUUUGAAGACAAGAAUGGCAACAGAAUUCCUGGUAUCAGAACCAUAACUGAGUCUAUUCAGUCAAGCGAAAGUUCUGAGAGCGAAGAAGAUUGCAAAUGUCACGAAGUGAUGGAGAAAGACGGAUGUUGCUGUCCGUUAAACUGUCUCACACCAAGUAAUAUUCUUUGUGAUCCCGAUUGCAUUGAAAUCCUGGAGUCAGUUCGCGAACAUGGUUUAACAAUGAGGGAUGGAAACUUCGUGUCAGAGGUAGAGAGAAAGUUUUUGGAGGAAUUGAACAAACAACUAAUGUCCGAAGAUCAUGAAGAUGUGGAGUCUGCUGUGAAAUCUGCAGAAAAAGCUCAAGAACAGCAGAAGUUGAGGGAAAUGCUGGAUAGUAAGCUUAACCCUCCUCAGUACGGAAACUUGCCUGCCCCACCUUCAAUGAAGCCAUCUACAAACGGGCGACUUAUUCCUUGUCGUGCGAAUGAUGGAAGUCACGCGCAGGAUCACUUACAUCACGAUGUGCAGAUUGAGUUUGUCGAUAUGUGCUCCGAACAUCAGAAGCAAAAGGAUGUCAUAUAUCCAUCUAUCCUGGCUCCGGUUGUAACUUUCGAGGAAUGGAAGAAACAAAUUCGUCCAUCCAUUGAAUACAUGAAGAAUGAUUUGAGCAAAACGAACAAUGAAUUGCAAUCUAUGAGCAUUAUCGAUGGCAUGAAAGUAAUCACUGAUCAGUUCACUCAACUGAUGGACACAUUCGCUUUCAUGGAAAAAAUUGAGCCAAGAGUUCACUUGUUGAUACCUAAGUACACUUGGUUCCAUGGAAUGGAAGCUGAUGAGAACGUGAACAUUGCCGACCUCGAAAAAGAUUCGAAGUUCCGAAUUCCUGGAUUAACACUGAAAAUACGCCGAGCUCUCUCUCUAGCCGGCCGUGUGCGUCAACGAAUUCUCGUUGCUUGUAGAGAAUGUCUAGUCGAUUUGGUGGAUCUCUGCUAUUUACAUAAUUAUGCUCCUCGUACGGACAUGGAACGAGUUGGUUCGGAAAACUUAUAUAAGAUGGCUAUCCGAGAUCCCAGCUGGUGCGACCCAAUUACUGUCAUGCAUUUAAUCGAAAUUCUUCGUGAAAUUAACUUCUUAGAAUACGUCACGAAGAUUGAAGCGUGUCAGGCGCAGUGUGAUAAGAAGUUCGGAUUGGAUGAUGUACCUCUCACGGAUGAUCCUUUUGUCCACCGUGUGGUCAGAGUCGUUCAUAUUCGCGAUAUGCUGGAUAGAGUGCGUGUAACUUUGGUCCAUGCCUUUAUCUGUGGAUCUAAUGAAAUUGCUGAGUUCCUGAAGCGUUUGCGCAGUAUGUUGGCUGAAGUUGAGCCGCUACCCCCUCAUUUGGAUCCCAUAAAUCGAGAGUCAAAGUUCAAAGAUAAUAUCCUCACAAACAUUGAUACGAACAAGAAGUCAAACAAACGAAGAAGAAAGAGCUACUCCGAAUAG